AUGGCUAAUGACAAUGCCAUCGAAGAAAUCGAUGAGAACAAUGCAGAGCUAGAUUGGGAAACAAACCAGAAAACGAUCAUAAAAAUAGCAGAACAGAAUAUUGGUGUAUUGAAAAGGCCAAAGAUGCUUAGUAUAACAGUGGAUGUCAAAAAGCUAUCAAACAACGCCAAAAAGCAAGAGAAUUGA